AUGGAUGUGGUUUCUAGUGUCGCAUCAGUUGCGACACUUAUGGAAUUAGCAAUCAAGUCAUACUCCUCUGCUGCUCGACUGAUCAAAGACCUACACGAUGCCCCAAGAGAACUAUCACGAGUAACGCAGCAGUUGAACAUCUUGAAGUUUGAGCUCGCUCUCCUAUCAGACAUUCAAAAACAAACUACAGAAGGAGAUGAACCUCUCCUCCUCCCUAACGAAGCGACCAUUCUUGAGCAUGCCCUGUUCUCAGCACAUAAGCUUAUAUCCGACUCUCAUAAGCAACUGAGUAGCCGAAAGAUCCAAGCAGGAAAUUGGUCUCGCUUGACAUGGGUACUAAAAGACAAGGCCAGAGUCGAGCAUCUUCUCCGCGGCCUCCAACAAACAGAGACUAGUCUCAACACUGUAUUGCUGCUUUUGAAUGUUCGUCUAAGUUCUUACUCUUGGAAAAUUGCCUCAUUAUUGCAGUCCGCAUCCGCUAUCUCUUCACCGAAUGGCAAUAAGGCGACUCAGAACGAAUUCUUAAAGCUGUCUCAAUCUCAGACAGGACUAGGUUCUCUUCUCAAUCGCAACCCUCAAGCGUGGAACGUUCUAUUUGGCUCUUGGCGCUCCUCAGACCAUUCAUGGCUAGUCUGGCUUGGUCUUCAAGUCAUUUUGACCUGCUAUGGUAAUUCCCUGCAUACAUCCUAUUUUGUUUCUGGCAAGAUUGGACCAUUGAGGCUGUUUGGACUGCGAGCUAUUUGCUUUAAUCUAGGUCUCCGGGUAUUCCCACUUACUAGCCUGGGGCUCUCAAUACUUGGUGCAAGUUUAUCGUUGAGAAAAGUUGUUCCAAAAACAUCUGAAAUUAUGCUUGCAUGCCAAAAUGGAGAUACUCACACCGUGAGAGAACUCUUUUUAUCUCGUCGGGCCAGUCCGUACGAUGUGACACCAGAGAACUCGGGCGUAAUGCGUUACGCUAUUGAUAGUGGGUCAUUAGAGCUUGUCAAGUUUCUGUUCCAUAAUGGAGUCGACGUUAAUGUCACGUUCGGUAGUAGCCCACUUGAGUGGGCCUUCAGUUCUCGACAUAUUGAGAUCGCUCGUUUCCUGAUAGGCUGCGGAGCAAGACUGGACUAUCUAUGCUCCCGUGGAUGGACCCCAGUUAUGCAUUUGUUUUACCCUUCAAAACCCCCUGCCCCAGGAGAAUUUCUUGAACUCUUAUGUGCCCACUCAUUCAGUGACUUUGACGUUCAAGAUGAGUAUGGUGCCACGGCGCUACACCGAGCUGUGUGUUGGGGUACUGCUGAAGACGUUCGUCUUUUGCUACAGGCCGGCGCAUCUCUAUCUGUUCCUGAUAAAGAAAGAGGCUGGAUACCAGCAUUUGAUGCUGUUAGCCAAAGAAAGAGAAAAGCAUUAAAAGUCCUUGCAAAGCACAUGCUGCCAGGGUUUCCCUAUACAGUUGACUUUCGUGGGUGGACUAUGCUACCCAUUGCUAUCGAAACUGGAGACCUUGAAACUAUUCGUCUGGUUCUCGAAUUGGGAGUUGACCCACAUCAUCUACUUAAAGUCCAAAACAAUACGAGGAUCCAUGAAGUCACUCCUGUGGAAUUUUCUCAGCUUCAGGGGCCAGAGGUACAUAAGACGUUUUUGACCGCGCUACAGCUUGCCGGGUUUGACGUGUCUUCUGUGAAUGAUCACAGUGAUGACCUUGAUAACGAAUAUGAGGACGCGGUGUUUUGGCCCGCUGAGAGUGGUGAGGUUUCUGAUCAGUGA